AUGGCAGGAAAUGCCCAAAUCCAGAGUACAGAGGACAUUCCUACAGAUAACCGCCCAGAUGACUGCAGCAGUAGCUCAGAGGAACAUCUGAUAUCAUCAGAUUUUCAAGUAGAUUAUCAUGGUCUCAAGCAAGAUACAUCUGAAGAGCAUGCCAUUAUCCCAGAUGUACCCUUCACCAGCCAUAGGGAAGAUCCAUCAUCUGAUCCUUUGGAUUGGUUCCAAGCUUCUGAUUUAUCACAGACUAUAACACAAAAUAAAAGUCACAUUAGUGGUGCUCAACAUCCAAGAACUCACACAGGGAAGAAUGCUUUUUCAUACACACAAUGUGGGAAAUAUUAUAGCGUUAAAUCAGCUCUUGUUACACAUCAGGGAAUUCACACAGGGGAGAAGCCAUUUUCAUGUUCUGAAUGUGGAAAACGUUUUAACCAUAAAUCAAAUCUUUUUAAACAUGAGAGAAUUCACACAGGGGAGAGGCCAUUUUCCUGUUUAGAAUGUGGAAAAUGUUUUAAUCAGAAAUCACAUCUUGUUAAACAUGAGAAAUUUCACACAGAGGAGAAGCCAUUUUCCUGUUCAGAAUGUGGAAAAUGUUUUAACCACAAAUAUGAUGUUGUUAAACAUGAGAGAAUUCACACAGGGGAGAAGCCAUUUUCCUGUUCAAAAUGUGAAAAACGUUUUAACCAGAAAUCGGAUCUUGUUAAACAUGAGAGAAUUCACACAGGGGAGAAGCCAUUUUCCUGUUCAGAAUGUGCUAAAUGUUUCAAACAAAAAUCAGAUCUUGUAACACAUCAGAGAAUUCACACAGGGGAGAAGCCAUUUUCAUGUUCUGAAUGUAGAAAACAUUUUAGUGAUAAAGCAGUUCUUGUUAAACAUCAGAGAAUUCACACAGGGGAAAAGCCAUUUUCAUGUUCCGAAUGUGGAAAAUGUUUUAACCAGAAAUCAAAUCUUGCCAAACAUCAGAGAAUUCACACAGGGGAGAGGCCAUUUUUAUGUUCCGAAUGUGGGAAACGUUUUACUGAGAAAUCACAUCUUGUUACACAUCAGAGAAUUCACACAGGGGUGAAGCCAUAUUCAUGUUCAGAAUGCGGGGAAUCUUUCAAACAGAAAGCAAGCCUUAACCAACACCAGAGAAUUCACACAGGGGAGAAGCCAUUUUCUUGUUCAGAAUGUGGAAAAUGUUUUAUAAGUAAAUCAAAUCUUGUUAUACAUCAGAGAAAUCACACAGGGGAGAAGCCAUUUUCAUGUUCAGAAUGUGGGAAACGUUUUAUAAAUAAAUCAAAUCUUAAUACACAUAAGAGAAUUCACACUGGAGAGAAGCCAUUUUUAUGUUUAGAAUGUGGGAAAAGUUUUAGAAAUAAAUCAGAUCUUAUUAGACAUCAGAGAAUUCACACAGAGGAGUCGCCAUUUUCAUGUUCAGAAUGUGGGAAAUGUUUUAAGCAGAAAUCACAACUUGUUAUACAUCACAGAAUUCACACAGGGGAGAAGCCAUAUUCCUGUUCAGAAUGUAGAAAAUGUUUUACAGAUAAAUCAGCUCUUGUAAAACAUCAACGAAUUCAUACAGGGAAGUCAUUUUAAUUUUUAGAAUUUGGGAAACAAAAAGUCAAAUUUUGAUACUCAUGAAAGAGGUCAAACAGAGGAGAAACCAUUUGUAUGUACAGAUUGUGGGAAAUGUUUUAAUCAGAAAUAAAGUCUUGUAUA